GUCAAACUAUUGGGUUUUGAAGUGAAUGUAGUCAAUGGUUAUAUGAUAUUCUUGCUUAUUUUUUAGGUUGUGAAAACUAUAACUAUUUCCUUUCAGUUUUAAAAAUGCCUGUUUCUUGUGAUGACUGGAUGAAGGCAUUAGGCCAUGUUUCCGAUGCAGAGAAUUUGAAAAUAACAGUAAAAGGAAGCAUGUUUGGAAGUUUUUUAAUUGGAAUUAUAGCCUUCGUAUUUAGUCUGCUUCUGGGGCCAGUUGGUUUACUUUUUGGUGGUAUAAUAGGAAGUUGUUUUGCGUUUUUUAAAAUGUGGGGUGCAUAUAAACCAUUGUCUUCUGUACUCAAAGAGCUUACUCCAGACCAGAAAGAGAAACUUUAUUCUGAGCUGGCUCAAAUACGAGCAAAUAUCACUGCACAAGAUUAUGUUGAAUUAAUGUUAUUAUUGCAGGGACAUGGUGGUUUGCUUGUGAAAAAACAAGUAUUGAAUAUUUUAGUUGGUUUUGUGAAGAACACUUUUAGUUUAGAUGUGAAAUGAAGAACAAUUAUUCACUAGAAUGUUAACUAAAUUUCUGUUUAUGUAAAUGUUGUUGUUUUGCUUUGAGGUCCUCUUUCUUUUUAAUAACGAAAUUUAAAGACUGCUAAUGAAAGCAAUUUACUCUAAUCAGAAGAAUCU